AUGCCGAUGAGGCCGGCCAUGAGGAAGAAGGAGGAGAACUGCAUCGCGGGAGAAAAUUCAAGGUUACGAAUGGUAUACAGCUCACAGUAUGGGCUUGUGCAACUGUUUUUCUACUUUGCUCUCGGAUGCUACCCCUCGCCCGGCAUCAUCGGUCAACAAGUGGAUAAUUGCUUCGUUUCUAUAUUGUGCACGUCGCUCGCCGUUCGCGAUUUGUAUCAAUCAGGAAAGUCGAUUUGCCCGAGCCGCUCCGCACCGCCGGGCAGGAGCAGCGAACAGGCCGGACACUCGGGAGCUGAUAUGCGGGCGACGUGCCGGAUUUCCGUGCUGUAUAUCAAAGUCGAAAAUGACGCUCGUCAAGACGGGCCCGCAUCGCGGGGAAAAGGAAGGACACAUCAGAUGGGCCGCCGAAUGCCGACCACGCUCCGCGCAGAUUCUUUUGAGGCCGGCAAUAUUAGGCAAGGCGCAAAUUUCAUAGCUUCGAGGACAUUCGAUAAUGAAUCCAACUACGGAUACGGAUACAUAGUUAUAGUUGCCUUGCUCUGUUUAUAG